AUCAGUGACAUUGUUCAAGGCCAGGUCAAAUACUCGACAACUUAAAUGACAGAAACAGACAGACUGAGUGCAAGCUAUGUGGAGCAGAGGUGGAAAACAUCAAUCAUUUUGUGCUAUGGUGCCUGUUCCUGCAAGACACAAGAAGAGCAAUAGAACUGCAGCAGCUGUACCAAGAAGCCGAAGAGAAAAUAAUUGGAAGAUUCCUAUUCGAAGACGUAAAACUGAAGGAGAAAAAAAAGAGAUACUACACCGUGGAAGGCAAGAGAAAAAAGAUUAGAAGAAUUGCAAGACCAAGACGAAUAUAUAACAGGAGCCGUUGUAAAGGCACUACUUCCGACACCAUCACGUCACAUCACUUGUCAACAACUGCAUUACCGAGGACUCCUGAUAACAACUACCACUGACGGGGCUCUAGAGGCUGUGGGCCCACAGCCUAACUAGCCCCAUAAAACACCCACGAAGAAGAAGAAGAAGAAGACGUAAAAGGUAGUUUAAGAAAACUAAAGAACAAGAAAACAGCCGGGCCAGAUGGGAUGAAAGCACAAUGGUGUCUGUGCAGCCCCAGCAGCUGCCAGACCUCCCCUGGCACGAUGUCAUCUACCAGCACAUCUUCCCGCGCCUGUCCGUGGUGGAGCUGUGUCGCCUCGCUGCGGUGUCCAGGGCCUUCCACAGAGUGUCAAAGGAAUACUUUCACACAUGCAAAGAAAUUGACGUCUCAGACUACAACAUGACGGAUGAUGAUUUUCGCAUGAUAACUCUUGAGUGUAGAAACCUUCAGCGUCUGUCAGUGGCUCGCUGUUCAUGGCUGAGUGACGGCCCGCUCAUCACACUCUUCAGGCAGAGCCCAAACCUGGUCUAUGUUGACCUCAGGGGAUGCUGCAGCCUCAACGGGGGAGCCCUGCAGAUUUUGGCUGUGAAGUGUAAAAAACUGAAGUUCCUGCUGGUGGAUGGCUGCCCAUGGUUCACUGGUGGCAGCCUGCAGGCCCUGACGCUGCACCAGGUACACUCCCCGCCUUGUUCAUUUGGUAGCAACAGCCCAUUGCCCUCGCCUGUGUUAGAGCUUGCUGUUCUGCGUGCUGGUGGUACUAACGGACUAGAACACAUGAACAAUACUUCCUUCCAGUCCGAGUUGCUCAGCUUCAGUACCGGUGGCUGUUGGGGCAUGGAGGACCAAGACAUCGCUAAGUUUUUCCAAAAGUUUACCAAGAUCAAAGAAAUCAGACUGAAUGAUGUGGAAGCCAUAACGGAUGCAAGCCUCUACCACCUGGCUAUGAGCUGCUCAGACCUGGAAACCCUGAGCUUGGCAGGGUGUUGGAGAGUCACAGACCAAGGACUGAAGAAGGUACAGCUGGGAGUUGUGGGUCUAGGUUAGGUUAGGUUAGGUUAUAAAUUAGAUAAGAAUGUUGUCACUGUCAAAAAUGUUACUUUGGAAUUUGAUAUUGGCAAGGUCCUGCUGCUCAUACAGUAGAGAAUGUACAGUACAGUGAGGUCAUUUGUGCAGUGUGGUGAUGAAAACUUAACCCGUCCGCUGCGAUUGGCACGGAUUUGGCUUUUACUGGUAGCCUGGUAACAUACAGUCCCAGGUCUUUCUCUUCCUCUGUGGUGGAUAGUGGAGUGUUUCCCAUGUGGUAUUGGUAUGCUGGAUAUCCCCUCCCAAGGUGCAGGACUUUAUACAUUUUUCUUCACUGAAUUGUAGCAGCCAUUUUUUGUUCCAUUCCUGUAGCUUGGUGAUGUCUUCUUGUAGGUAAUCUGCAGUCAAGGGGUUGAAUAGAUAAUGAAUGUGUAAAUCAUCUUGGCAGUGUUUUUAGUUCAACCCCAAGAAUGUAAGAAGAUAGGUUAUAAAUAAAGAAGAAGAAAUUGUUUAUAUUUUUGU